AUGUCACGAAACUCCCUAAGAUUCGUCAAACUGAUUCGCUCUCUCUCCACCGAACCAUCUCGCCCCCAAAAAAUCAACCGCAUAGCAGACGAGCUUUUCAGCCUCAACAGAUUCGAACGGCACGACUUCACCGUCCUAUGGCGACUCAAAAUGGGCCUAGACCGUUACGGUAGUGCUCCAGUCGCCGGCGGCCUUGGUCCAUUGGGCUCAGCCGCGUCCGGCCCCGCCGCUGCAGAUGCAACCGCCGCUCCUGCGGAGAAGACGGCUUUCGAUAUUAAGCUUGAGAAGUAUGAUGCUGCGGCGAAGAUUAAGAUAAUUAAGGAGGUUAGGUCUUUUACUGAUUUGGGGUUGAAGGAAGCUAAGGAAUUGGUUGAGAAGUUUCCGUGUGUUCUGAAGAAGGGGGUUACUAAGGAUGAGGCGAAUCCUAUUAUUGAGAAGCUUAAGGAAUUGGGUGCCACUGUUGUACUUGAAUGA